GAGGACAGAGUGGGAAAAGGAGCAAGCAGAGUUAGAAGCCGGACAAAAGAACUUAUAGACCCCUUAUAUACAUAUUUUCCUAAUGUUUUAGAGAGCGGUGUGUGGUGGAAAAACAAUUGCGGUGAGUGCGGAUGGACUUGUCAGUGUAGUUAUGGAACCCCCUUUAAGCAAGAGGAAUCCGGCGAUAAGAUUAGCGGAUUUGGCAGCGACUCAACCCCUUCCUCAUCAGAAUAUGACAGGCUUCCCGGGGCUAGGGGGGCAUCACCCUCUCUCCCACCAUGCCCACCUCCACCCUGGGGAGCUGGGCAACGACCCCGGAGUGGCACUCACUCCAUUUGGACCAGAGCACAUGGCACAGACAAAUGCUCUCAAACUUAGCCCAUCUCAGCACAUUCAGAGCCAUCCCGAAGCCCAGACCGCGGCAUCUUUCACUUCUGCUCAGACCACAGUUGGUUUCCCCGUGGCUCACCCCCACUCAGGCUACUCAAGCAGCAGGGACUUCAUCCUCAGGAGAGAACUCUCAGCCUCUGCUAUGCAUGCACUUGGCGACCAGCAUAGUUCCGCCUCCUCCCCUCAUCACCAUGGCAUGUUCAUCUCCCCAACAGGUGCUUAUGGGCACACGGAAAGUGGGGCCCAUUCACUUUUCACUGGACUUCACGACCAGGCGUCCCCAGGUGCCCACCACCAUGCCCUCAACGGGCAGAUGCGCCUGGGUAUACCGGGGGACAUCUACGGCAGGCCAGAGCACUUCGGGCACAGGCCAGAGCACUAUGGACCCUCUUCUCUCCACAGCUACAACUCCAUGAACCUCAAUGUGAACAUCGCUUCUGCUCCUCACGGAGCGGCGGGGGCGUUUUUAAGAUACAUGCGGCAGCCCAUCAAGCAAGAGCUCAUCUGCAAGUGGAUUGACCAGGAGCAAAACCAGAAAAAGCCCUGCUCGAAAACUUACAGCACCAUGCACGAGCUGGUCAACCACGUCACGGUGGAGCACGUCGGGGGACCGGAGCAGAGCAACCACGUCUGUUUUUGGGAGGAAUGUCCGCGGGAAGGAAAGGCUUUCAAAGCGAAGUACAAACUGAUAAACCACAUCCGAGUUCAUACGGGAGAGAAGCCCUUCCCGUGUCCCUUCCCGGGCUGUGGGAAAGUGUUCGCGCGAUCGGAGAAUUUAAAGAUUCACAAGAGGACUCACACAGGAGAGAAGCCUUUCAAGUGCGAGUUCGACGGCUGCGACCGGAAAUUCGCCAACAGCAGCGACCGGAAGAAGCACUCCCACGUGCACACCAGCGACAAGCCUUACUACUGCAAGGUGCGCGGCUGCGACAAGUCCUACACGCACCCGAGCUCGCUGCGGAAGCACAUGAAGGUGCACUGCAAGUCCCCGCCGCCCCCGUCCACCAACGUCACCUACAUAUCCUCCACGAACCCCCUCGGGGACCCUCUGUCGCCCGGCUCCGAGCCGCACAGGAACCGCUCGGCGAACCUCUCCCCUCAGGUCACGAACCUCAACGAGUGGUACGUGUGCCAGGGGAGCGGAGGGCCCAACCACCUGCACACCCCCUCCAGCGACGUGCCGACGUCGGACUCGGACGACGAGGACUCUUUCAGAAACUCAGACCCGAGGACAAUGCUCUGAUGGCCCCCGUCGACAACCCACGUCGACUGGCAGACUUGUCAUCCACUCCACCCGGCGAGAGUGUUGUGUUAUGAGACCCACGAUGGGAUGUCGACCAGUUACUGUCACUGUAGUUGUCGCUAAAAGACCUGAGCUAAAGCGCAGGUGAUCCACUGGCACACUGGAGGCGAGGCAGGCCCGAGAGCAGCGUUCUCUCCCAGGUGACCCCUGACCUUUUCAAAAUAAAACACUCAACACUGACAUCACGACUGAAGUUAAAAGUUAGAAGGAAAAAAAAAAAAACCUACCAGUUUUUUUUCUAAUAAAAAAGUGAGGCAUUUUAUGAAUAGAACUUUUUCAAUUUUUUUUUUCAUUUUCUUUUUCUUUUCUUUUUUUUUUUACGAAAGCAAUAUGCAGGCUUUAAUUAACUGCAUGACUUGAGACUCAACUGGUGUGUUGAAAUGACAUCUUACACCUGACCUCCCAUCAUCCCCUUUGCAGUUUAAUAACUCGCCUGCCAUCAGUCACUGUCAUAUCUCAGACUUUUCGAGGAAAAACACAAAAGCUAAGCCCUCCUACUGCUCCUGAUGGCAACACACGUUACCGGACAGAACCUAGCAGACGAGUCUCUCUUUUGUUGUGUGUAUUAUUUCAUCUGAUUUUAGAGAUGUGGUACAAACUUUGAUAAACCAAGUGAGGACGCACACACACACAAAAAAAAAUAAGAAAAAAUAAAAGAAGAAGAAAUGUGGAGGCAAACACGUGAGGGUCUUAAGGGUUCUCAUUUACCUUUCCAGAUUUAUACAAUACAUGUGUUUGGAUGGAAUUUUGUAAUAUUUAAGAACUAUUUAAGACUAUAUUUUAUGCAAAAUACACAAGUGUUAUGCUCGUUAAAGAGUACGAGUCAGUCCCUUGAGACCCUAAAUGUCUACACUGACAGGCUUUGGCCCUGUAGGAUUUGUAUAUAUGUAAUUGUACUGAUACUUGUGAAUGUUGUGUAGUUUUAAUUAAGAAGAAAGAAAAAAAAAAAAGAAAAAAUGUCGUUUUGUACAUUGUAAUUUAUUUGCUGGUAUCAAUGUCGUACUGGAAUUUACAGGAACACCAAAGAAUAAUAAUAUCAGUUUUGGUGAUGCAUAGUACCCUGCUGAUGUUUUUUUGUUUGUUUGUUUUUUUAAGUUUUUUUUUUUCUUUUGGUUGCAUUUUUUGGUUCACUUUUUUUUUCCAGUUUUUUAAUUGUGGUCUGUAAAAGAAGAAAAAAACAUUGACUUGAAUAAGCUGUGUAAUGUGAAAAGUCCCUUUCUCGCAUGCCUUUUUUGUAGUGAUCUGUCUUUUCUCUUUGAGGUGCAUGGUGCCGUUGGACAUGGUGGAUUAAAAAAAAAAAAAAAGAAAGAAAAAAAAACAAGAGACAUGAAUCAGGUAUGAUUGUGCAGACCCUUGAUGUUAAAAAAAAACAAACAUUUACAAUAUAAAUUUCAUGCUAAAAAAACACUUAAUAAAAAAACAGGACAGUUAAUAAUUAACAA